CACUCCAACGCACCCCUCUCUCUCUCUCUCUCUCUCUGUAUCUCUGUGUCUCUCUUUCUCUUCUGUGAUUCUUCGUUGGCUUCCUAAUAAAAAUCUGCCGAGCCCUGCGCAGUCGGGCCAGCGUGGUAACGCCUGGUAUCAUCACCAUCCUCUUCAGCUCCUCCCCUCUCUCUCUCUGCCUCUGCCUCUGUUUCUGCCUCUGUUUCUGCCUUUCUCUCUCUCUCUGUUCCCACCACCAUCCCUCAAAACCUCUCCGACGGCGGCCGCCGCCGCCGCCAUGAACCUCCUCCUCUCCCCCUGAAGCCUGCCUGGUAGCAGGGGGAUCCCCGGGGGAGCCGAAGAGGGAACGGAAGCUCCUAUAUUUUCGCUCUUUCAAGGUUGCGUUGAUUUCAUGCCGGAUUUGUAACGGCCGAUCGGUUUUCUUGCGAAAUCUCGAUCACCCACAUCGUGAUUUCUCCUGGGGGGGAGGACGGGCCCCGCGGAAGGCCGAUCGCCCGCGACAUGACUCGCCAGAUCGUGCUGCGGCCGCCGUCGGUGAGCCGCCGGGAGCCGCUGCUGAGGGCGAGCAAGUCGACCUCCUCGUCCGCCUCCUCCUCCUCCUCCUCCCGCGGCGGCGGCGUCGGCGGCGGGGGGAGCGGCGUCCGGUUCGCGGAGGUGGCGGGGGGGACGGCGGCGGAGUGCGCGGUGGUGUGCUGCUGCUGCCCCUGCGGGAUCGUGAACCUGAUACUGCUGGCGGUGUACAAGGUGCCGGCCGGGCUGUGCCGCCGCGCGUGGAGGAGGACGCGGCGGAAGAGGCUGAUCAAGAAGGGGCUGCUGUCGCCCAAGGGGCGGAGGCUGACGUGCGGGUGCGAGGAGAAGGAGCUCCAGAUCCACCCGUUCGCGGUGAACGAGGCGAUGGCGGAGAUGAAGAGGCCCGCCGCCGAGGACGAGGAGGUGGACAAGCAGGUGGCCAAGCUCGAGAAGGAGAUGUGGGAGAGGUUCUACGGCACCGGCUUCUGGAGGAGCCCUUCUCAGCGCGAGCCCCAGUCGGCUCAGUGCUAUUGAAUUCGACCCCGUUACAUGAAGGGCGAAUUUCGAAACAAUUCCAAGAAAAAGACCACCACACAAACAAGAAAAUGUUUCGAGCUUGGCAUUGGCGAUGGGGACGGCAAUGGCAGAGCGAUGCUCGCUCAAGUCGGAGUUCGAAAGGACGCGAGAGGCAACGGACCUCCGGGACCGGACGGCGGUUGGGUCGAUUAGGAACAGAGGAUUUAUCGUGUGUACAUGAUAAUUUGAAUGAUCAGGAAUUGGCCCUGUUCUUCUUCUGAAUCUCUCAACUCCCACCAUUAUUAUGCGAUUUGGUUCUUUGGUGUGAACAAAGGUGCAUUUCGUUCUGGUC